CCUCUGCGUCUCCGUCGGCCCCGCGGUCCCCUGCGCACCGAAGAUGGCGGCCGCGGCGGGAAGGUUUUUCCGGGCUUCGCUCGCCCGACAUGUGAGUGCCAUUCCUUGGGGCAUUUCAGCCUCUGCAGCCCUUAGGCCCGCUGCUUCUCGAAGAAUGUGCUUGACAAAUGCCUUGUGGUCUGGUUCUGAUCAAGCAAAAUUCGCCUUUAGCACCAGUUCCUCAUACCAUGCCCCCGCCGUCACCCAGCAUGCACCCUAUUUUAAGGGCACGGCUGUUGUCAGCGGAGAGUUCAAAGAAAUUAGCCUUGAUGACUUUAAAGGGAAAUAUUUAGUGCUCUUCUUCUAUCCUUUGGAUUUCACCUUUGUGUGUCCUACAGAAAUUAUUGCUUUCAGUGACAAAGCCAAUGAAUUUCAUGAUGUGAACUGUGAAGUCGUUGCAGUGUCGGUAGAUUCCCACUUCAGCCACCUGGCCUGGAUAAACACGCCGAGGAAGAAUGGCGGUUUGGGCCAUAUGAACAUCGCACUCUUGUCAGAUUUGACCAAACAGAUUUCCCGAGACUACGGUGUGCUGUUAGAAGGUCCAGGCCUUGCGCUACGCGGUCUCUUCAUAAUUGACCCCAAUGGAGUCAUCAAGCAUCUGAGCGUCAAUGAUCUCCCAGUGGGCCGAAGCGUGGAAGAGACCCUCCGCUUGGUGAAGGCGUUCCAGUUUGUGGAAACUAAAAAAAACCCAAUGAUGCUUAGCCAGCAGGAUAAUCCAGAUGUGCUAAAUACUACGGUAAUAGAUGCCUUCCGGGGAACUCUGAGGAGCGGAGCACCUUACCUGGCUAUGGACAUCAGCAAAGUCUUCAUGGAGGAGGAGAGGAAGUCUUAG